AUGAAAACCCCACGCUCAAUCACCAUCCACAACUCCCUCCCAACCACCUCCCUCAACGCAAACCGCGCCCCCAAAUUCUUCAGCAAACUCUUCCAUAACCUGCCGGGCAGAAAACCAUAUCAUCAACUUGAUAACUCCGCGGAUGAUGUGGUCUAUGAGAAGGCGUUGUAUCAGCCGAUUGUGAAGGUUCAGGCGACUUAUGCGCCGAAGGAGAAGUUUUUGGGGGAUAAUCUUUUUGGAUUGGUUAGGGAGGAGGUGGGGAGGGAGAAUGGGUUUAAGGAUGCUGGUGGUUAUGGAGGGGAGAGGGUGAGAGUCACGGGGUUGAGGAGGCCGGUUAGGAAGGUUGAGGAGGAGGAGGAGGAGGAGGUUGUGUGGACUUUUGAGGAGAGGCCGAGGGGGUUGAGACGGCCCGGGUUGAGGAGGGAUGGGAGUGAGGGGAUGCCGUUGCUUGUUUAG